AAAACCAUCACCACCAUGGAAACUUCAUUCGCUCUGACUGGUAAUGGGUAUGUUAUCGUAGCAGCAGAUACAACCGCUGCGCGUUCAAUCGUCAAAAUGAAGAUCGACGAAGACAAAAUAAAGACUCUCAGCUCUCAUCUUCUCAUGGCUCAUUCUGGUGAACCAGGCGACACGAUCCAGUUCGCAGAAUACGUCGAACGAAAUAUCCGUCUCUUCCAAAUCCGUAACAACUACGCUCUUCGUCCGUCCGCCGCCGCCUCAUGGAUUCGUCGUUCACUUGCUCAAUCUCUUCGAUCACGGCACCCAUACGCUGUAAACUUGCUCCUUGGAGGCUACGAUACAGCUGAAGAUCAACCUCAUCUCUAUUGGAUCGAUUACCUUGGGACUUCUACGGAGGUACCCUUUGGUGCACAUGGGUAUGGGAGUUACUUUGCGCUCAGUUUGUUGGAUCGAUACCACGAUCCUAAUGCAACCCUCGAGGAAGGCCUUGCUACGUUGAGAAGAUGCGUCGACGAAGUUUCCAAACGAUUGGUAGUAAGUCCAGGGAAAUAUAAAGUGAAAGUUGUAGACAAGGAUGGAACACGGGAGAUAGAGUUCUGAUGAAAGUUGACAAGUUUUGUAUUCCUAGGAUCCGAGGGAACUAUUUGACCUUUUCAUACCAUUGUUUCUGAUCUCUAC